AUGGCGGACGAGGACUUCCUCGACGAGGACGGGACGCUGACGGAGCUGCCGCUCUUCGCCAACGAUGAGGCCAAGGCCAUCUUCGCGGAGAUCGCGAAGAAGCGCGAGCUGCUGGAGAAGGCCAUCAAGGAGCACGGCGAGCACGACGAGCGCUACAAGGUCAUGGUCGAGCACCUGAAGAACGUGCGCCAGGAGGUGUCGCACACGACGGGCCUCAUGUCGGCCAAGGAGGCGGAGAUCAAGUCGGAGCAGCACGGCGCCGAGCUCGCGAAGCGCGAGGCCGGCCGCUACCGCCAGGAGCUGCGCCGCGAGCAGGUCGAGGUCGAGGAGCACGAUUCGAUGCUCAACGCCCUCCAGAACCAGGUCUUCCAGGCCAACGAGAAGAUGGACCAGUUCAAGCUCCAGAUGAACUGGAACCAGGAGGAGCUCGAGCAGUGGGCCCUCGCCGCGAAGCAGAAGGAGGAGGACAACCUCGCGAUCCAGCGGUACACGCGUGCCGACGAGGUCAAGAUCAACGCCCUCUCGCUCCAGAUCGAGAAGCUCACGAAGGUGGACCUGGCCCAGAAGGCCGCCGUCGAGGCGGAGAUGACGGAGACGGCCGCGCGCCAGAUCGAGCUCGACCGGACGGCGCAGGAGUUCCGGAGCCUCCACGCGGAGCGCCAGCAGCUCGUCAAGCAGUGGAAGGACGCCAUCGAGGCGAGCGCGCGGCGCGACAAGGAGAUCACGAAGACGGCCGCCGAGUACGUCGAGGAGCGCGCGAACAAGGAGGUCUUCGUCGACGAGAUCCAGGCCGCGCGCGACAGGCUCAAGAAGGUCCGCGAGGAGUACGUGGAGAUCCAGUCCAAGGUGAGCCUCAUGGAGCGCCAGGUGCAGACGCGCCGCGAGGACCUCAUGGCGGAGAAGACGAAGCUCCAGCGCCUCGAGGACGAGAUCGACGUGCUCAAGAGCGAGCUCGCGUCGUCCGCGCGCGCGCUGCUGCGGAAGCGCCGGGAGAACGAGCGCGCGGCCGAGGAGGUCGUCGCGCGCCGCGCGCACCUCGAGCGGUGCCGCAAGCUCUACCACCAGUCGAAGCAGCGCCUCGAGGUCGGCGACCAGAACACGGCCAAGGUCGAGCAGUCCGCGCAGGAGGCCGAGGCCGAGCUGCGGGCCAACGAGGUGGAGCAGCAGAAGCAGGACCGCGCCCUCGCGGCGCUCAAGGAGUCCAUGUUCAAGCAGUCCCAGGCCCUCUUCGCGCUCCGCCAGGAGGAGGCGAACUACAUCGCGGAGAUCUCGGGCGCGCAGGCGCAGGGCCGCAACCUCCAGUCCAAGAUCCGCCAGCUCGACGGCGAGAGCGUGCGCCAGCAGGAGCUCAUCUACAACGCGGAAUUCCAGAUCCAGCAGAUGGAGCGCAAGGUCGCGCGGGGCCUCGGCGAGCGGAGCGACGACGAGAAGCGCGCGCUCAACGCGCAGAUCGAGAAGCUCGAGGCCCAGCUCCAGGAGGCCCGCGACAUGAAGAAGAUGCUCACGUCCCAGGGCCGGCGCCUCAACAACGAGCUCCGCGCGGCCCAGCGCCGCGGCGAGCUCGCCGCGCAGCAGCAGGAGGAGCUCGAGGCGCGCAUCACGGAGCUCGAGCUCGAGAACAACAGCGCGGAGCAGUCCCUCAAGGCCCAGCAGCAGCAGGAGGAGGAGGCCAUGGUCCAGAACGACAUCAUGCGCCUCGAGCUCAAGCGCCUCCGCGACGCGCUGAGCCAGCGCGCGGACAAGGUCUUCACGCUCGAGAACCGGAAGCAGCAGCUCAAGCUGAGCAUGCAGGAGCGCAAGAAGGAGAUCGCCGUCCACAAGGAGGUGCAGGCCGCCCAGCUGCGCCACACCGAGGAGGAGCGCCACAAGGCCCAGAUCGAGGUGGGCCAGCGCAAGCAGCAGGUCACGAAGCUCGCGGCCAAGUACGAGACGCUCUGCAAGUCGUCGCGGCUCCGGGGCACGGACGAGGACGACGGCGAGCCCAAGUCCCAGGCCUACUACCUGAUCCAGGCCGCCCAGAAGCGCGAGGAGCUCCAGCGCGUCGGCGACGAGCUCGACCAGGAGAUCCGGCGCCGCGAGCGCGAGAUGCGCGCGCUCGAGGCGACGCUGAGCCACGUCAACAGCCGCAACAGCCAGUACCGCCAGUCCUUCCAGAAGGCGAACAUGAAGUCCAACGAGGCCGAGGACAUGAAGCAGCUCGAGGAGCAGGCCAAGCUCGCGCAGGACGCGCUCUUCCGCCGCAAGAAGGAGCUCCAGCGCCUCUCGACGGACUACGAGGAGGACGAGCGCCGCCUCCAGCAGGUCGACGCGCAGUGCGCGCGCCUCGAGGAGCGCAACGGCCACCUCGCCGAGGCCCACGCGCAGAUGGAGGUCGAGCUCGGCGCGCAGGACGAGGCGCUCGAGAAGCACGAGAAGCGCCUCGCGCGCCUCUCGGCCAUGCACCGGGACAAGAUCUCCGCCUUCGACGAGACCGUCCAGGAGAAGUCCUUCCGCGCCAAGUCCCUCGCCGAGGCGACGACCUCCAUCCUCCGCACGCUCGGCGAGCUCUCCAAGGCCUACCCGGAGCUCAAGGACGUCAUGUCCAACAUGCUCGCCGAGGCCGGCCUCGCGCCCGAGGUCAACUAA